AUGCCGUCGUGGCUCCAAGGAGUCCUCAACACCUGCCCGCUCGCAGCAAAGUUCAAAGGCGAGCGCCUGCCUAUCCCCCCCGAGCUCCGCCAACUGCCGUACUUUGAGAAACGGUUCAAGAACAAGUACGCACACUUGUACAAGGCGCAUGACGAGCGCGGCCUCAAGUGUCCCAUGGACGUCAAGACGAUGGAGGACAUGGUCUCGUUCUGCCAGCAUGUCCUGCGCUCCGAUGACAUCCUCGCCUCCACAAAGGAUGUGGCCAGAGUUUUCCUGGCUCGAGUCUUGAAUGUGUAUAAUGCGCAGCAUCCAGUGCCCGGUGUGAUGGAUGAGGACGUCUUUGACAAAGAGGGGAAUCUCAAGCACGAGGCCGCCAAGCCGGCACAGACGCAGGCGGCGACAGAUGAAGUGGUACAGGAGAAGCAGCCGGCGCCGGCGCUCCGCCCAGAACAAGCCGAGCAGCUCGAGGUUGCGGCCGUACGUCUGUCAGCGGAACAGGACCGGCGGCGAAUGCGAAGGCUGGAGCGGCACAUUGUGAAGCUUGAGGCGCGGCUUACCCUCCUGGAGCCGGACAGCGAUGCCGAUUCUCAGAGCCCAGUCAACACGGGCGCCGCAAAGCCCUCCCUCGACGUUCCGCGGGAAAAGGAAAGAGACCGAUUCGGCAAGGAGCUAGUUGUCGGUGCGGGUGGCUUGGCGCGAGCAGGCUCUACCGCCACGAGCGGAGCACACAACCGCACGCCGUCGUCUGGCGUCGGUGGCAACGGGGGUCUCACGCGCGCAGGGUCAGGUGCCACCGCGAACAGCCACGGCAACGGGACAGUAAAGGACAAGGAGGCGCGCGAUAAGGAGCAGCGCGACAAGCCAGAACGGGACAUCAUGCGCGACAAGGACCUGCGCGAGGCCAAGGUGCUCCUCCGAGAAGUGCCCGUCCUGAAGAAGCUCGGACGAGGGACACCUCCCCCGCCGCUCCGCACACCGCCGCAGCUGCGCACCCCUCCGCCAGUCGUGCGGUAGCGCCGAGCGUGUAGCACAUACGCGGCCACUGUACCCCUUAAUAAGCCGCUGCGGGCUCUGGACAUUGUACGUUUCGUCUUAUGCAUCGCCCCUCGUGGUCACCAUCGCUCCGCUCCGCCACCGCUGUUG